CCCUUAUAGCUCAGCCUAAUGUUGCCCUGAGGCACCAGGACAGCUCCACCCAAUAGCAUUGCACCCACACAGACCACAGGGGUUUAGCUGUAGAAGGGGAUAUCACUCUGUGACACAAUGUUGUUACAUUUUGUGUUUUAAGCUUCUAAUAUAUAGUACAAACCCUUCUCUCUUGUUCUUUUUUAUUUAGGUGGCAUAGAAAAUGGUGAGGCACAUCUGUAUAAAACCCACAUGUGCCCAGAGUGUAAGAGAUGCUUCAAGAAAAGGACUCACUUAGCCGACCACCUCCAUCUCCACUUCCCUGACCCCAAUCUUCAAUGCCCAAACUGCCGCAAGUUCUUCACCAGUCGCAAUAAGCUGAAGAUCCACAUGAUGAGAGAGGCCGGGGAGAAGGCCCAUAGCUGCCCUCUGUGUGACUACAGCGCUGUAGAGAAGAACGCCCUCAAUCGUCAUAUGGCGAGCAUCCAUGAGGGGGUAUCCAACUUCUACUCAGAAACCUACUCCUGUCCAGCAUGCCAGGAAACCUUUAACCUAAGCCAGGCUCUGAAGGAUCACAUGAAGGGCCACAAGACAGAGCAGAAGAUGCGGUGCCUGGAGCAAGGUUGUGACCAAGCUCCGUCCGAUCGCAAAGACUUCCUCCGACAUUUAAAGGAGUCUCACGGGUUCCAGGCUGUGGAGUGCCGCUACCAUGCUUGCUCUUUACUCUUCAAGAGCCGUGAAGAGAUGGAACUUCACCGUAAGAACCACUACGCCUUCCACUGCCAGGACUGUGACUUUGUGUGCUCCAACAAACACCUUUUUCGUAAGCACAAAAAGCGCGGUCAUCCGGGCAAAGAGGAGCUGGAGUGCCGCUUCUGCCCCUACAAAAGCUUCAACCCAGUGGAGUUUGCUGACCAUGUUGGCAAGAUGCAUGCCAACGAAAAGAUCCACCGUUGUGGAGACUGCGACUUUGCCACUGCACACAAGAGGGUCCUGAUGCGUCAUAAGCUGCUGCACACAGGGGAGAAGCCUCACAAGUGCAGCCGCUGCGACUUCAUGUGCAGGGACAUCAGCUACCUCUCCAAACACAUGCUGACCCACUGCCCCGACAAGAACUACAUGUGCACAGAAUGCGGAUACAUCACCAAAUGGAAACAUUACCUGAGCGUACACAUGCGCAAACACAGCGGAGACUUCAGGUACCGCUGCAGCCAGUGCUCAUAUCGCUGUCACCGCGCGGACCAGCUCAGCAGCCAUAAGCUCCGGCACCAGGGGAAGACUCUCAUCUGUGAGAUUUGUGGAUUUGGGUGCAAGCGAAAGACUGAGCUUCAAAAACACAUGCAAGUGAAGCAUUGCCAGUCGCCCCAGAUCGCCUUAUACCAAUGCCAGCACUGCCCCUACCAAACCAAGUACAAACAGGCGCUACGCAACCACGAGAAUGGCAGGCACACAAAGCAGCGGGAGUUUCGCUGUGCCCUCUGCUCCUUCCGUACCUUCAGUAAUACCAGCCUCUUCUUCCACAAGUGUAAGUCCCAUGGGUACGUCCCCGGAGAUCAGGACUGGUUGGAGCGCUAUGCCAGCAAACAACAGGAGAAUAAUAGUGUGGAUUUGCCAUUUCCUUAUGAAGUGGAGGCAGCAGCCCUGAUGAGAAGACUUUCCUCUGCUACAAUACAGUCUGCGACCAGCAACCCAGCAGAGGUGGAGGUGGCCGGCAGCGAUCUCACUUCUGAAUGCAUGCAGGUUGAUGUUCUAGCUGAACCACCUGGAGAUGCUGAGAUUUCGGGGGCCGAUGAGACUUUACUGGCAGCCAUUACCCUAGAGCCAGUUGAGUCCUGCAGUGUAGAAAUGGAGGACUUCCCAUUGAGACUGGAGCUCUCUGAAUCUAAUGACCUCUUGGCCAAAGAGUCUUCUGUAGAGACUUUAGUUGCUUGUGAAGAUCCUCUUCCAACCAGAAGUGAAAUUCUUGGCUUCCCCGAAUCAAUGGCUGUAGAGGAGCAUGUAAACUGUGCUCAGGAUUACGAGGAAGAGGCUGAUCCGCACCUGGUCGAUGAUCAGGAGAAGGGUGAAAAUGCUGUCAGUGUAACGGAGCAAUACAACAAAGACCCGAUCAUCUGCGAAGGCGAGGAGCUCCCAGGUCAUGUGACUGCCAAUCUGGAACUCCAGCCAGGAGAUGUCUCCAUAGAAGUGCAGGAGUCCUGGGCAGAUGUCGUAAAGGGAGGAGUUCAGCUGACCAUAGUUUGUGAAUCCAGCGACCUUCAUGAAAGCCAUAUCCAAGAAGUGGAAGCCAUAACUGUUCCUGUUGAUGACAGAGAUGAUGAUGAAAGCAGUAAGCCUGAGUCCAUUCUGAAAGCGUUGAGGAAGCGGGACAAGGAGCAAGCGGAAGCACUUGUACUGGAAGGAAGAGUCCAGAUGCUGGUGGUCCAGUCCAGUGCCAAGGUUUACAAAUGUGAAAAGUGUUCCUACAUCACAAAGAAGAAAGGAAGCAUUAUCCAGCACGCCAAGAUGGGCUGCCACCUGCGCCGAUCUUCUCUUGUGUGUAAGGAGUGUGGAGCCAGCUUUAAGCAGCAAAGGGGGCUUAAUACUCAUGUUCUCAAGAGGUGCCCAAUGAGGCUUAAGAAGAAAACCGCUUGUGUGAACACUGCCAUGACAGUGGAGGUAUCUGGCCAGCAUAUGGGUAGGCUUUUCGCAGAUGGCCCUGCAGACAUAAGUCCUGUGCAGGAAUCCUUAAAACCAGAUGACCAUUUAUCCCUGGGUCAGAGUUUAAUAAAUCCUGGAGAAACUAGUGAAGACAUCUCCUCCCCUUCGGGUGACUCCAUGAUCUCUGCUGGUGACAAAUACCGAAUCCAAGGAGGAAAGUUUCACUGCAUAUUGUGUUCCUACUCCUGCUCCAGAGAAUGCACCAUAACUUGUCAUGUAACCCAGACCUGCCGGGAGAUACAGAGGGUUCCUUGUCCAAUAGGUCGACAUUCUGAGGCAAUCUUACGAAAACGGCAGGAAAAGCACAUAGAGAGACAGAACACCCAAGAAUUGGGACACCUGCCCUGGAGCUCUUUGGUUGAAACCCCUCAAAAUCCAAGGCAAGAGGUGAAAGAAAAUGAAGGCAUUGGCAAAGCCUUGUGCAACUCAACCAGCACCCUUAGACUUUCUUGCCCUUCCUGUGCCUUUACUUGUUCCCAGGAACGAGCCAUGAAAACCCACAAGAAGAAAGGAUGUUUAAAGCCCGGUGAGCUCCAAUGCCCUUUGUGCUCUUUUCGGUGCAUAUCACCGGGCGCUUUAACACGUCAUCGAGAGCUGCACCAGAAAUAUUCUCAGACCAGAGUCCAGCUGCAGUGCAAGCAAUGUGACUUCACCUGCAAACAGCCACGUUGCAUGAAACAGCAUGUGCGUAUUCGCCACGAAGGAGUCAAGCCUCACCGGUGUCAAUAUUGUGACUUCAGCACCACCAGACGUUACCGACUAGAAGCCCACGAGUCUCUCCAUACUGGAGUCGGUCGGAUAUCUUGUAAUUCCUGUAGCAGGACCUUCGGCACAAACUCUAAACUGAGGCUACACCAAAGGAGAGUCCAUGAGAAGACACCCACUCACUUUUGCCAGCUCUGUGACUACAGUGGCUAUAGUCAGAAUGACGUUGCGCGGCACAUGGGCAGUUGCCACAGCGGUGAAGCCAUAUUCCCCUGCGCUGUUUGUCAAGCGAGUUUCAGCUCUGAGGCUGCAUUAAAGCAGCACAGUCUGAGGAAACACAAAGAAAAAGCCACUCAUGAAUGUUCCCAGUGCCAGUUCUCCUGCCACAGCCAGGCCACCCUGAGAUGCCAUGUGCAGAAGCAGCACCCCCACUUGGAAUGCACGGUUUGCAAGAAGACAUUCUCUCGCAGGGAGGACAUGGAGGAUCAUCGGAAAAGCCAUUUUGCUCACCACUGCCAGCAAUGCCAGUUUGCAGCUAAAGACAGACAGCAGCUUAUCAAUCACUAUGCAGAGGAGCACGAAAGCACGCAGCCAGGGGGAGAGAUGGAUGGGGGGCCCCUAUGCUGUCCAUUCUGCUCUUUCUCCUGUCAACAUCAACUAGUGUAUGACCAUCAUGUCAAGGGCCACGGGGCCACAAGUGUCUACAAGUGCUCGAACUGUGAAUAUAGCACCAGAAAUAAGCAGAAGAUCACGUGGCAUAGCCGAAUCCACACUGGUGAAAAGCCGUAUAAAUGUCACCUCUGCCCGUACGCUUGCGCAGACCCCUCGCGGCUUAAAUAUCACAUGCGCAUCCACAAAGACGAAAAGAAUUACCUGUGUCCAGAAUGUGGCUACAAAUGCAAGUGGGUCAACCAGCUGAAAUAUCACAUGACCAAGCACACCGGCCUGAAACCGUAUCGGUGCGAGGAAUGCGACUAUUGCACCAACAGAGCUGACGCCCUCCGUGUGCAUCGGGAGACCCGCCACCGAGAUGUGCGCUCCUUCAUCUGCGAACAGUGUGGAAAGGCAUUUAAGACUCGCUUCCUGCUUAAAACUCAUCUGAAAAAACACAGCGAGGAAAAACCGUACGUCUGCAACGUGUGCCAGCGCGGCUUCCGCUGGCCCGCAGGCCUGCGCCAUCACUACCUCACCCACACCAACCAGCAGCCUUUCUUCUGCCAUUACUGCUCGUACCGCGCCAAACAAAAGUUCCAGGUAGUAAAACAUCUGCAGCGGCAUCACCCAAACACCCCGGACCUGAUGAAGGGUGUGGGGAAGGAGCCAUAUUUGUUCUCUGUCCAGGGGCAUGACGCCACAUUUCAGCAGACUCCAGAAUGUGAUGGCAGACAGCAGCCUUGACCGCGGACAGCGCCGUUUUCUGGGGCGUGUUCACAUUAUGUCUCCAAAAUACAUUAGGGGACGUUCCAACCUUCGGCUGCAACCAUUGGCUGCUCUAUGUAGGGGCAGGUGUAUUCACACGUCGGCUGCAGAAAUCCUAACAGCAUGGCCACCGGGGACCGGUCUGGAUCCGUCUGCAGGUUAUAGACAAAGACCCCCGAGUCACCA